AGGACCCGAUAUGCACGUGAACUGUAGAAAUACCAAAUUUUUAUAAAUUCUGUUGGUUUUCCAGCAGUCGGUGAAAAUGAAUAAUUAAGUAGAUUUUUUUAAAUAUUCAAUAAUUUGCAACAAUCUAGUUAUUUGAUAGUUUACAGUAGAUUGUGCCCAUCAAUAUUUACAGGUCUGUUCAUGUGACUAUGAUAAUUUCAACUGUCAAUAGUUCCUGUUAUGUUUGUUAACGUUUCUUCACAGUUAUUUUUCGUUAGGGAUUGGUGAAAAGUUCUAAAAACCCUUUACUCUUGAGACUGCAAUGUCGUCUCGGCAAAUAUUAAUUUGAGGAACGAGUCUUUUAAACCAAGGUUCGAGAUGAACAGAAAUCUGCAGUCACCAUCGCACCUCACAGAAUUUGCUGCUUUAAGUCCUGAGCCAAGUCAGCCAGGUGUUGGGUUCUUGUUGUCUAAGUUCUUCAGGUUUAAUAAAGGUGGCUCCAUGGCAGAUAUUGAUGCUCCAUCACCGACAGGAGCAUUGGCAAGUAUUCCUGUCCAAACAGAUUGGCAGUCUGCUGAUAACUCGGAGCAGGGAGAUGCUGUUCCCAGUGAACUGGUGACAUCGUUUCCUGUGGACGUGGGUGAAGGAAGAAGCCUCCCUAAUGUGCUUAAGAGGAUCAGCAACCUUCUUGCCCUUAGGAGCACAGGACUGCAAGCAUACAAAUACACAGACUUCAAACAGUACUGGAUGCCAGAUUCAGUGAGCAAAGAAUGUUAUGACUGUGGAGAGAAGUUUACGACAUUCAGGCGUCGUCAUCACUGUCGUGUAUGUGGACAGAUUUUCUGCUCUCGAUGUUGCAACCAAGAGAUUCCAGGCAAGAUCAUGGGGUGUACAGGUGACCUGCGUGUGUGUACAUACUGCUGUAAAGUGGUAUUGUCAUACUUACAGUCAGCAGAUAUUGGUGCUGAUUUGUCUGCUGACCUGAGGGCCUUGCAAGAAGAUCUGCAGACAAAAUUCGGCAACAUAACAUCAUCUGUGACUUCAGUGUCACAAAGCACUACCAGCAGUACAUGUGGCAAUGUUGCAGAGUGUCCAGAGAGCUCAGCAGCGACUGGUCGCAGAAAAUUGUCGCUUAACUUCCAGGAAGAUAGAUUUGCCCUUGGCAGAGCUCAAGGAUCUAGUUACAUGAGUAUGGAGGAACGCUGUCAAAUUCUACAGAAAUCGGCAUCCCUUAGAGCACUGUUUGAAGAUAUCUGUCAUCCAAAUAUGGGGCUGACUUUACAAACACACCGGCAUCGUCUCCGCAAUUAUCAUAAUUGCUUCUUGGGCAGUGAGCUUGUAGACUGGCUGUUGGCACAGAAUCACGCAGCAACACGAAUUCAGGGCACAGCCAUAGGCCAGGCUUUAUUAGAAGCAGGUUAUCUUGACAGUGUAGCAGAACAGAAUUUUCUGGAUGGUUACGCUCUGUAUCGGCCACAGCAAGUGUUGUCACCGCAGCAGUACAACAGUCCGAAUCCAACUGAAGAUAGCAAGAGGAUUAGCCAGGAAGCACAGGAACCUUUAUGGGUGAAACAGAUUCCACAGCAAGACUCUACUACCACUGAUUCUGAAUCGGACUGCCAUCUGUCAGAACAUGAUGAAACAUUAAGUUUGCCUUCAUCAAAUUCUACUUUUUAUCUGGAUCUCAAUGUGGCUGAAAGUUCUGUCCACAUUAGACGUCCUGCAGGUACCAAGGAGGUUCACCAUCACGCUGACAGUCCGUCAGGAGGAGAAGUGAAGUUGCUGGCAUGUAAUAACCAUCUGCUGGAGGCUUCUCAUACACAUGGCAUAUCAAGUGAAUUCCUCUCUGGAACUUUGCUCCUUCAGAAUGCGCAGAGUCGGGAGUUGGUUCCUGCAUCUGGAUGGCAUAACGUGACACAGCUGCGGACAGAUAACGGAGAGCAGCAGGCAUACCUACGGCUCAGUGGCUUCAAGCAACAUGAGCACAGUCUAUUGAAGCAGUUGCUGAACUCAGAGGGCUUGUCUCAGAGUUGGGUGGACAUCGUGGUGCCUAUAGCCCAGCAGAUUGUUGACAUAGUUCGGCCUGAUGUUCGAUACAAUGCUGAUGAUAUGGACAUUCGGCAGUAUGUUCAAUUUAAGAAAGUUCCCGGUGGAAGUAAAAAUGAGAGUUGCAUCAUAAAUGGUGUAGUGUGUUCAAAGAAUGUGGCUCACCGCGCUAUGUCCACACAGCUGACCUCUCCUCGCAUCCUGCUGCUUGGCUGCUCAAUUGUAUACCAGCGUAUUGAAGGCAGGCUUCUCUCUCUGGAGCCUGUGAUGAUGCAGGAACGUGAGUACUUGCGCCAUGUGGUGGCCCGCAUUGCAAACCUGCAACCUGAUCUGGUGCUUGUACAUCGCAAUGUGUCCCGACUGGCACAAGAGUUCUUGUUAGCCUUGCGGGUGACGUUAGUGCUUAAUGUUAAGGCAAGUGUCUUGGAACGUGUUGCACGCUGUACUGGGGCGGACAUUGUCACUUCAGUUGACGCUCAUAUAGGCCGCCCACAGCUGGGAACUUGCAAAGCUUUCUACCUGAAAACAUUUCAGUAUGAGAAGGGUCCCAGUAAAACAUUAAUGUUCUUCGAGGGCUGUUCCUCACAGCAUCUUGGUUGCACAGUAUUGCUUCGUGGCACAACAAGCAGCGAACUUGCUAAGUUGAAACGUGUUGUCAGUCAUUUAGUGUUUACUCAGGCCAGUUGGAGGCUUGAGAAAUCAUUUCUCAUGGAUGAAUUUGCUCUUCCUCCAAGUCCUCCAACUGAUACUUUCUUUGAGGAACCUGUAACCAAUGUUACUUCUCAAAAUUACCAUAUAAUUUCAUCUCCAGCUAAGUCCAAAAUGUGCCUUGAAAAUGACUCUACAGUAGUUUUGUCAAACAGUGAAAUAUUGCAUGGACGUUCUGAGGAUGCAGCUGAAGACCCUAAGAUACGUCGGCAUGUAUUGCCAUGGUCUUCUGAGAUGAGGAUGAGCAAUGAAAAUGUUAUAAAUGACACUUCCAGUGUACCUGUGGCAUACACAUUGCCUUGUAAUUCAGCAGGAGUAAAUGCCAAAGAUGUGAAAGUAAGAUCCUUUAACAGAAAUGAUGUUCCUUUCAGUUACAGUGUGCAAUCAAAUAAUAAUUUACAAAGUGAAAAUUCCUCCAUUAUUAAUGGAAAAAAACGUGAAUGUUGUGACAGAGCAGAACAUAUUAGUCCUAGUUGUGAAAAUUAUAAUAAGGGUUUACCAAGUGGCAGUAGGAAACAAAUUGAUGUGUUGAAUCAUUCAGCUGGCGAAGAUAAUAUUUGUGUUUGUGAACCAAUUCAUCAGCUGACACAUGGUAAAGAGGCUCAAGUAUCAUCAGAUCAGACUGACUGUGAUUCUAGUAAAAAACAAACAGUUCGUAUUGGGAACAAGGAGAAAUCUCUGAGUGAGGAGAAACGAAUGAAUGUUGAGUCUGUGAGUGAUUUUAGUGAUCCCCUACAUUUGUACCUGAAUCUGGAAGAUGAAGUUUUCAGUGUUGGUAACCAAAGUACUGGUUUUGGACAGUUGUCAGUUGCUGAACUGCCGCUCACCAAUAGAUUUCGUAAAGCUUUGGAUGACACCAUACUCUCUUCAUCACCAUAUCUACAGUUUACAGUGCCAUACCUGGAAACGGAGCGCGGACGGAAUUGUGCUCUUAGGAAAUUCUUCCCAGACGAGAUCUUUUGGUCUGCCCAGUUUGAUAUGCCAGCACCAGGCAGCAACAGCAGCAGCAGUACCAAAGUGAUCACCAAUGGUGAAGCAACUGAUAUGAUAUCAUGUAAUGAAGUGGACUCCAGGUUUAAGGAAAUGAAGCUUCUAGCCCAACAUCCUUUUGUGUCUGCAAAGCUUACAAGUGCUGUCGAUAGCUGUGAAGUGCAGAGUUUGUUGGCCCAUUUCCGAGCAUGUGGAGGUCGAGUUACCUCAGCUUCGACUUCUCCUGAGCCACUGCAUUCAACCAAGGCACCAGCACGAGUCAACAGUACAACAGCAGAUGCAACACAUUCAUCAGCUGCUGGUAAACAGAGUUCUUGGCCCGAUGCUCUGGACCCUGCAAAUCAUCAGCGUCUAGCUGUACUUUUCUGCAGCUAUUCUCAUGAGUCCCACAAUGCCCCGGCAUUCUGUGUUAAUCCAUGGGUUGUAUACAUGGAUUUCUAUGGACAUAAUGACAUCCCCCUGGGCAGCUUCCUAGAGCGUUACUGUUUUCGUUCAUCUUAUGCCUGCCCAUCUGAAUCAUGUGAGACUUCCAUGGUGCGGCACGUUCGUCGGUUCGUGCAUGAUAUGGGGUGUGUUCACAUAGUUCUGAAGGAACUGGACAAACCAAUCCCUGACACUGAGGGAAACAACAUUGUCAUGUGGAGUUGGUGCAGUCGUUGUAAAAUGGUAUCACCAGUUGUGCCAAUGUCAGCGGAUACUUGGUCACUGUCAUUUGCUAAGUACCUAGAGCUGCGUUUCCAUGGUGGAAUGUACCGGCGACGUGGACAGGCAGGCACUGUGUGUCCUCAUUCCCUUCAUCAUGAACAUUACCAGUACUUUGGAAUGAGGAACAUUGUUGCUUCCUUCAAAUACACUGCCAUUACGUUGUGGGAGGUCUCAUUGCCACCACCCGUCAUCACCACUUACUAUGACCCACAGCAGCAGGCAAAUGUGAUUGAAGAAAUCAAGUUGCUUGCAUUGAAAGGCUACGAAGUUUACAGCUGCAUCCUUGAAAAGCUCUGUUCAUUUGGAACUGAAUUGGAUGGGAUAGGAUUCAUGAAGCAGCAACUUCUGAAAGAGCAAGCACAUUUUAAGUCAUGCAUUGAGGAGAUUCAGUUGAAGCUUACAUCGCCUACACUUGAAGCCAAAAAACUGGAAGGUCAGGUUGCCGAGAAAGAUGUGCAGCAGUUAAUGUGGCGCAUUGAGGACUCCGUGGUGCAGCUGAAACAUCUGAUGGCAGAUGUAGUUGUAACUUGGAAUGCAAAGAUUCAGGACCUUGUGCUGACCAGCAAGAGAGAUGAGAAGCAUAGGAAAAACGAUGGAGGCAAGCCACCAGCUCCUACUACCAGCCACUCUCUUGAGUAUGACAGGGUAUCCAGUGGCAGUGCCCACUUUCUGGAUGAUAUGGUAGUGGAGGUGACCCCAACAGCACAAUGGGAGGACACUAGCAGCUGCUCAGAGGGUCAUGAGGACACAAGCCCAUCCUCUCCGGAACACAUCAGUGGAAUCACAGUUCUGGAUUCCAUGGAGCUGCUGGGUCCAGAUGACAGUGUGAGCUCAGGUAUGGCACAGGACAGCAGCCCGAGAAUCCCGGCAGAUAAUGUCACUGUUCUGGAACCUGCCAGCAACCAAGCUGAAACAUGUGAUCUGAAUCCAGAGAUCGUACAAGUGUCCCAGAGCCGAACUGCUGUGCCUGGCUCACCUCGUGGGCACGUGAGGUCUUAUUCUGAUGUAACGCCAACUGUGGCCGAUGAACACGAUUCGAGACAAGCCCAGCCCACAGACAAGAAGACUGUUAAGGCCAUCCUGUCACACCUCCUGCCAACAACCACUGCUAUGGCACCCAUACAAAGUCCACUGAGCCCACAGGAGCACCAUUUGGCCUUGACUGGCUGUUCCGUUCCAGUUGUUGUGUAUGAAAAUGAGCCGUCAUCAAUCAUUGCUUAUGCUCUGAGCUCUCCAGAGUAUCAGCGUAGUUUGGAUGAUAUGCUUGCUAGGAGACUCACUGCUAAUGAACAGGCAACACCCAGCCCGGUGCGCAAGAGGAGGUCAGGCCUGUCUCAGACUGAUCGAGAGGUCAGUAGCUGUGCGGAGCCAGUGCAGUUUUCUGAAUCUCGUUCAGGGGUUUUGUCAUUCCUUCGAGGUUCCAGCACUCCGAACAAUGCGUCACGAUCAGGAGUCCUGGAUGGUGUUCAGUACAGUACAUCACCUGCAGCUGAUAUCACAGGAUCCCCGGCGAAUGAUUCGGAUGACACUACUGCAGGCAGCACUAAGGGGAGCAGAACACAGCCAUCCACACACAUUGAGAUUCAGUUUUCUGACUCAAGUUGCAACUUCUUUUGCCGAGUGUUCUUCGUAGAACAGUUUGCAAAUCUGCGACAGAUGGUCCUGCCAGCAGGAGAAGAAGGAUUUAUGAGGUCACUGACACGAUGUGUUCAGUGGGCAGCACGUGGUGGAAAGUCUGGCUCAACGUUUUGCAAAACAAGAGAUGACCGGUUCAUCUUGAAGGAAAUGACUCGUUUGGAGAUGCAGUUAUUUCUAGAAUUUGCACCAAACUACUUCAGCUAUAUUCAACGAUGCCACACAUCUCGGCAGCCUACUCUGUUAGGAAAGAUCGUUGGUGUCUAUAGAAUUGUGUACAGGAACCUCACAACCAAUGCAACACUUCGUUCCAAUUUGCUUGUUAUGGAGAACCUGUUUUACUCUCGGUCUGUUACUCACAAGUUCGAUCUGAAGGGGUCGGUACGUAAUCGGCUGGUGAAUCCAACUGCUGCUGACCGUGAUGGUGAGAUUGUUCUACUGGAUGAAAACCUACUUAAUAUGACAUGUGAUGAUCCUUUGUACAUUCUGCCUCAUUCAAAGACGGUGCUGACACAAGCAAUCAAUAAUGAUACACAGUUCUUGGCCUCACAGUCUGUAAUGGACUAUUCACUGCUAGUGGGGUUAGAUAAGGAAUGUAGAGAGCUUGUUGUUGGUAUCAUAGAUUACAUCCGUACAUUUACAUGGGACAAGAAGCUUGAAACAAUGGUGAAAUCAUCAGGCAUACUUGGUGGGCAAGGCAAGUUGCCUACAGUUGUGUCACCAGAGCUGUACCGAGCAAGAUUCAUUGCAGCUAUGCAUCGAUAUUUUCUGCCUGUACCUGAUCGUUGGACAGGAUUGGGUAGGAACUUGGAUUGCUAAAUCAGGUUUUUGUUGGCCGUGGCGUUUGGAGACCUGAGUCAACCUCGAACAUCAGAUCAGAACCUAAACAGGACAGUCAUAGGCCAGUGUCAAGUUGUGAAGUUGGUAUGAAUGAGGGAAGAGCGCAGUUUGUCUCAGAUAAAUGAAGAACCUAAAGAAAUGUAAUUUGUCUUUUUGGCUGCUUUUGGGCUGCUAAAGAUGCAUAACGUCUGAGCAGCUGAACUGAAAUUGGUGCUUGUGUGUAAUGAAGCAUGUAAAAUGUUUUGUUUCAUCCUUACAUUGUGUUCUGUCUCUCCCUCUUUUUAUUUUAGACAUUCCAGGGCCUUCAGAAGCUGCAGUGCUGUACAGCCGUUAAUACUGUCUUCUUUCGUAAGAUUUAUAUGGGUAUCCAUAAAAUGAAUAUCUGUGUUAUUAUUGUUCAAAUUAUGAAUUUAUUUAUUAGUAGGUCCCCAGGCCUCUGAAAUUCACUUCAUACUCUUCUCCCAUUUCUCCCUUAGAUUUAAAGUGAUAAUACUAUCACUUUCUUGUAUGUUCAUUAGCAGUUGUGCCAUCUCUGAAGAAACUAUUAUUUUGAUAUAAGUGAAGUCAUAUUAUUGUGUGUCUAAAGCAACUUGGAGGGUAUGUCAUGCCUUGAGUAGGCAACCUCAUGGAAUGGAAAUUUUGGUUCACCUUGUAUACUGAAAACAGAAUCUGGUCAGUUCUUAGUGGUGACAUAAUGAUUUUUGUCACUGCCUGGUGAUGACACACCCUCAUGUGUGUUUCAUACACACUAUAACAUUGUUCAGUGCUGUGAAAGUAAAGUUAAUAUCUAGGUCUUUCUUUAUUCUGAUUCAUUUCACUGAAUUUAUCAGAGCUCUUCAGUGAUGAUUUGCUUUAAGUUUAAUGUUUCACUGCUUGUCAUCACAAAAACAUUAUGUAUGAAUGGAGUGCUGAGAGUGUGACUUUCAAAGAUACAUGAAAACACAAAACCCCGUGUUCCAAACAUUGAAUGAGAAAAUGUGUCACAUGACAUGGAUUUGAUAGGAUGCAUAGUUAAUAAAUAUUUCAGCAGAUAUAAUCCAAAGUGGAAGAAUUGCAGAAAAUGAAACCAUUAUAAGAAUUGGGAGUAAACCCUUGUCCAAAUUAGUGAAAGCAGAAUUAUAGAACUGUUGCUGCAAAAUAUGUUAAGGGAAGUUAUAAAAUGUACUUCAGAACCCUCCUUAGGCAAUACAACUUUUUUUUUAAACUUAUGUAGCAUAUCAUAAAAUAAAUUACUUAGUAUUGUUGAGAAUGUCUCUUUUGGAUGUAGCAUGCUUUGACUUUAAAUCUUUUAAAAAGGCCUUGCUUUUUGAUAUGAAGUGUACAUUCAUCUACUGUCAUCUAUGCUAGUGCUAUGUACAGCAGUUGGCAAUUGCUGAUUGUGUCAGUGCACACAAAUAAAGAACAGUUGUCCGAAUUAUUGUGAAUUCCAAAUUAGUGAGGUGUCUCUGUAUAGCCAACUAGGUGAGCCUGCACUGUACCUACUCAGUGGGACAAGAACCAAAGUCUCAUAGCCUGUAUAAAACUACAACUCACAAGUGAAAACACAAUGUGGGUUAACUAUUUUUGAAAAAAGAGCCAGUUGAUAAUGUAGAAUAGAAUUCUUCACUGUGCGAUGCAUAGGCAGCGGCUUUCUGUUGCACAGUCAGCCUUCGCCAAGGAAGGAUAGAUGUUAGUAGGGUGCCUGGGAACAGAGAUGCGUGUGCUACAGUGUACUUUCAUCAACAGAUGGAAGCAAGGCGCCAUUCACAUGGGAGUUGCACACAAACAGUAUGCAUGGCACAGAAGUUACUAUGGGACUUUCAGUAGUCAUCCUUAUGUUCUAGGAUUAUGAUCCUCUGGAAUGUGAUACUGAGUGGUCUGGUAGGUAGGUAAGUGUCUACCUGUAUUUCUAUAUGUAUAAUAUAAACUCUGUCAUAAAUGU